AUGUGGGCCGCGGAGGUGGCGGGCGCGCUGGAGACGGUGCAGCUGGGCCUGGCGGAGAUGGCCGACGCGCUGCGCCGCUUGGCAGAGGGAGCGCCCCUAGACGUGCCCUUUGCAGAGCUGCGUUUCCUCGCCUCCAUCUCACCCCACCACCUCGCCUCCAUCUCGCCCCACCACCUCGCCUCCAUCUCGCCCCACCGCCUCCUCCCGCCCUCCCGCCCGGCCCCUCCUGCUCCUCCCUCCUUGCCGCGUCCCCAUGCCGCUGCACCGUCCUCCAGACCUCCUCCCGCAGCCACCCAAGCGCCUCCGCGCUCGCCCCUGCCACCUCUCGAUGCCACCUCGCCCGCCCUGCGUCCUCCUGCUGCCCCGCCGUCCGUGCCUGCCACUGCUGCUGCCGCUUCUGCUGCAGCUGCUGCUGCUAGUGGCGGGGCUGCAAGGGGGCGCGUGCGGCGUUCCCCCCGCCUGCAGCAGCGCCUCUUCGCCCCCCGCCCGGCCCCCCCUGCCGCACCCACCACCGCUGCACACCCCACUAGUGCGGGCGGCAGGAGGGCGACGGCGGCAGGGAGGGCGGGGGCGGGCGUGGACCGGGCGGCGAUGAGAGAGUGGGUGGAGCGGGAGGCGUGGCGCGUGCGGCGGCAGAACCCCCACAUGACGCCCGGCGAGGCCCGCCUCGUGGCGCACGCGCGCUGGCGCCGCGAGAGGCGGCAGCGGCUGCUGCAGGUGGGCCGCGGUGGUGGGCAGGCGGGCAGAGGGGCGCGCAGAGCAGAGGCGGAGGCGGAAGAUGAUGAGCGCAGCGGCGGGAUGCGAGCGUGGGAGGGUGGCGCGGGCGAUGAUGCAGCGAGCCGGGCGUGGGGCGGUCUGGGUGAGCUGGGGGUGCGGGAGGUGAGGGCGGAGGAGUUGGAGGAGCUGGCGGAGGAAGAGGAGGGGGAGGAGGAGGAGGAGGAGGAGGAGGAGGAGGAGGAGGAGGAGGAGGAGGAGGAGGAGGAGGAGGAGGAGGAGGAGGAGGAGGAGGAUGGAAUGGAGGGCGAAGGAGUGGGGCAGGGCGAGGAGGAGAGCGACGUGGUGGAGGUGGCCUUGCCCUUGCCUGGGCGGGCGGGGCUGCACCGCUCGCCUGGCAGCAGCGCGGGCAGUGCGGGCGAGGAGGGGGGGGAGGAAUCGGAGGGGGAGGAGGAAUCGGAGGGGGAGGAGGAAGCGGAAGGGGAGGAGGAAUCGGAGAGGGAGGAGGAAUCGGAGGGGGAGGAGGAAGCGGAGGGGGAGGAGGAAGCGGAAGGGGAGGAGGAAGCGGAGGGGGAGGAGGAAUUGGAGGGGGAGGAGGUAGCACAGGAGGAGGAGGAAUCGGAGGGGGAGGAGGAAGCGGAGGGGGAGGAGGAAUCGGAGGGGGAGGAGGAAGCGGAGGGGGAGGAGGAAUUGGAGGGGGAGGAGGAAUCGGAGGGGGAGGAGGAAGCGGAGGGGGAGGAGGAAGCGGAAGGGGAGGAGGAAGCGGAGGGGGAGGAGGAAUUGGAGGGGGAGGAGGAAGCACAGGGGGAGGAGGAAUCGGAGGGGGAGGAGGAAGCGGAGGGGGAGGAGGAAGCGGAGGGGGAGGAGGAAGAACAGGAGGAGGAAUCGGAGGGGGAGGAGGAAGCGGAGGGGGCGGAGGAGGAAGCACAGGGGGAGGAGGAAUCGGAGGGGGAGGAGGAGGCGGAGGGGGAGGAGGAAGCGGAGGGGGAGGAGGAAGCGGAGGGGGAGGAGGAAUCGGAGGGGGAGGAGGAAGCGGAGGGGGAGGAGGAAUUGGAGGGGGAGGAGGAAUCGGAGGGGGAGGAGGAAGCGGAGGGGGAGGAGGAAGCGGAAGGGGAGGAGGAAGCGGAGGGGGAGGAGGAAUUGGAGGGGGAGGAGGAAGCACAGGGGGAGGAGGAAUCGGAGGGGGAGGAGGAAGCGGAGGGGGAGGAGGAAGCGGAGGGGGAGGAGGAAGAACAGGAGGAGGAGGAAUCGGAGGGGGAGGAGGAAGCGGAGGGGGCGGAGGAGGAAGCACAGGGGGAGGAGGAAUCGGAGGGGGAGGAGGAGGCGGAGGGGGAGGAGGAAGCGGAGGGGGAGGAGGAAGCGGAGGGAGAGGUGGAAGCGGAGAGAGAGGUGGAAGCGGAGGGAGAGGUGGAAGGUGAGAGAGAGGUGGAAGGUGAGAGAGAGGUGGAAGGUGGCGCGGAGAUGGAAGGGAUGGGAGCGGGUGGAGCGGGUGGAGGAGGGGCAGAGGGUGUGGCGCGGGGAAGGGGGCAUGUUGGUGAUGUGGGGGUGAGGGAGGUGAGUGAGGUGAGGGAGGAGGACUUGGCGGCAAAGACAGCGGUCGAUGGCGGACAGCAGGAGGCGCAGCCGGGGGGGGUAGGGCAGGCGCAGGAGAUGGAGGAGGAGGAGAUGGAGGAGGAGGAGAUGGAGGAGGAGAUGGAGGAGGAGGUGGAGGCAGAACAGCGCGAGGAGGGAAUUGAGAGGAUGGAAGUGGAGAGCGAGGGAGUGGGUAUGGAGGAGCGAAUGGAGGUGGAGGGGAGGGAGGAGAGCGAUGUGGUGGAGGUAGUUGGGGAGGGCGGGACGACGCAAGAGCAGGGCGGUGGGGCGUGCAGCUUCGAUGGCGUGUGGCCUUUGGCGGGGCCGACGGAGGGGGAGGAGGACAAACAGGGGCAGGGGGAAGGGAAGGGGGAUCGGGAGGGGGAAGGGGAGGAGGAUGUGGUUGUGGUGGAUGACAGCGAGGGGAGUGAAGGUAGCGAAGGGAGUGACGGCAGCGAGGGGAAGGGAGGGGGGGAGGGAGUUGAUGAGACAGACGCAGGCGGCAAGAAGAAUGGAGAGGGCGGUGCGGGAGGCGCUGAAGGGAGGGGUGAUGCGGCUCGGCGGGCGGAGGUGGGGCGAUUGGCAGGGGUGGGGCAGGAGGAGAGGGGACUGGAGGGAGGGGCGACGGGCGGAAAAGAGGAGAAAGUGAAGGUUAUAGAGAAGGAAGGUGGGGAGGGAGGAGCGGAGGGAGGAGAGAUGAGGGUAGAGGAGAGAGGAGAGAGUGGAGGAGAGAGACCGGGGGAAGAAGGGGAAGAGGGAGGAGUGGAAGAGUGCGAGGAGGGAAGAGGGAAGCCAAGUGUGGAGGAAAUGGAGGAAGGGUUCGAAAAGGGAGGAGGAGUAGGAGAUGAAGUCACAAUGAAGGAUGCGGGCGGCGGGGAGGGUAGAGAUGGCAGAGGUGCAAGUGGCAGUGGGGGUAGCGGGCACGGCAGGGUUGGUGGCGGCGCGUCAGGUGAGGCAGUGCAGGGCGCAGGUGAGGCAGUGCAGGGCGCAGGUGAGGCAGUGCAGGGCGCAGGUGAGGCAGUGCAGGGCGCAGGUGAGGCAGUGCAGGGCGCAGGUGAGGCAGCGCAGGGCGCAGGUGAGGCAGUGCAGGGCGCAGGUGAGGCAGCGCAGGGCGCAGGUGAGGCAGUGCAGGGCGCAGGUGAGGCAGUGCAGGGCGCAGGUGGGGCAGUGCAGGGCGCAGGUGGCGAGUGGAUGGCAGCACCGUCGGGCAGACGUGUUGAGGGGAGGGGCGUGCAGGAGAUGGCGGACGUGGCGCGGGAGGGAGAGCGGGAGAGGGAGAGGGAGAGGGAGAGGGAGAGGGAGAGGGGGAGGGAGAGGGAGAGGGGGAGGGAGAGGGAGAGGGGGAGGGAGAGGGAGAGGGAGAGGGAGAGGGAGAAGGAGAGGGAGAAGGAGAGGGAGAGGGAGAGGGAGAGGGAGAAGGAGAGGGAGAAGGAGAAGGAGAGGGAGAGUGAGAGGGAGAGGGAGAGGGAAGGAGAGAGGAAGGUCGGGAGGGAAGGGGCGAGGGAGGAGCAACUACAGGGUGGGAGCGUGCGGGAGGGGGGGGGUGCGCAGGGAGAGGGAGGGGAAGGGGGGGAGGCAUGUGAGGAAGGAGGGCAGAGCGAGGAGCACAUGAAUGGGAUGAGUGGGGCUGUUGAUGCGAGCAAGCUGGAGGAGGGCGAGAUUGAGGGCGAGGUGGAGGGGGAGGAGGAGGGGGAGGUGGAGGGGGAGGAGGAGGGGAAGGUGGAGGGGGAGGAGGAGGGGGAGGUUGAGGGGGGCGCGGACGAGAAUGAGGAUGGCAGUGGGGCCAGCAAUGGGGAGGCAGCAGCUGGAUGGGAUGGCGGGUGGCGAGGCGGUGCAGUGGUGGCGCCCCUCAGUGCUGGUGGGGCUGGCAGAGCCGCCUGCAGCGCGGCUCUCAAGGCGCGCAAGAGGAAGCGGCAGAGGCAGUGGCGGAGACGGCAAAGAGAGGAAGCUGCGAGACAUGGGGGUGAGGCAGGAGGAGGGCAGCACCGCGAGGCAGGAGGGCAGCACCGCGAGGCAGAAGGGGGCUAUGUGGGGCCGGGCCAGACGCAGGGAGCAGCGGGGCCCAGCGCGCCAUCCACGGUGCCUGUGGGCGCGCCAUCCACGGUGCCUGUGGGCGCGCCAUCCACGGUGCCUGUGGGCGUGCCAUCCGCGGUGCCAGUGGGUGCGCCAUCCGCGGUGCCUGUGGGCGCGCCAUCCACGGUGCCUGUGGGUGGCGGCCAGGAAGUCGCCUUGCCCGUGUCCCCCUCGCCUGUGUGUCUCACGCGGCGCCAGGAGAGGCGGCGCAGGAAGCGGCAGCGCAUGUUGUUUGGAGUGCCCCGCUGCGUGCCUCACUGCCCCGCUGCAUGCCCCAGUGCGUCGCUGCAUGGUCCACUGCCCCGCUGCAUGCUGCACGGAUGCCUGUGCCGGCAUGCUGCUCGCACGCUGCCACCGGCGCACGCAGCGAGCGAGGAGCAUGUGGAACAGACAGCAGUGCCCCUGGUGGGGCUGCUGUGGACUGCUGCGGAGUGGUGUAGAGUGGUGUGCGCUGGUGUUGGCUUGUGUGGGCUAUUGCUGCCUCAUUUGUGA